CUUGGUGCCUCCGGGAGACGGGGACAGGGCCAUGCAGGCGUGCCGGGGCAGAAGUGCUUUGUUGUUUCCGGGAGAGGUCCCAGCAGCGGAGGGCUGCGCUCUUCAGAGUACCGGUGCAUUUCCUACUGCCUGCUUUGUGCAGCUCCGCCGCUUCCUUGCUGCAGAAAGCCCCAGUCCUGUAUGUUGUCGGAACCCCUGGGUCAGUGUUGAGGGCAUGGGCGGUGUGCCCCAGAAGCUGUCUACCCACAACUGGACCUAACCGUGCUGCUUCCGCAGUGCUCAGCAGACAGGAGCGAGCAGAGCUAACCAUGUCUUUAAAUUCACCUACACUGGUAAAUGAAGAAAACUCUCAAGAACCAAGAAGAAAUUCUGAAUGUUUGAAAAGUGUAGAACUGCAGGCUCCAUCAUCGUUUCAAGAUAACCCACUUCAACAGCUACAGCUUGCAUCGCAGGAAGUACUUGAAAAGGCAAAGAAGAGUGGGAGAUCAAAAUGUCCUCGAUGCAGUAGCUCAAGGAUGUUUUAUUGUUAUACAUGCUUUGUUCCUGUUGAAACUGUCCCUACCAAAGAAAUUCCAACUGUGAAGUUACCUUUGAAGAUUGACAUCAUUAAACACCCAAAUGAAACAGAUGGCAAAAGCACUGCUGUGCAUGCUAAGCUCCUGGCACCUGAUGAUGUUACAAUAUAUAAAUACCCCUGCAUUCCAGAAUACGAAGAAAAAAGACAUGAAAUAGCACUUAUAUUUCCUGGUCCCAAUUCAAUUUCAGUAAAAGAUAUUGCUUUCCAUCUCCAAAAGUAUGUUAAGAAAGGCACUUGUGCGAAUGAUAAUGACUGUUCCAGAGAACCAUUUCUUAAGCAAGCAAAACUAGAACCUAAAGAAGAAGAAAAAAAUCUAAAUGAAUGCAUCUCAACCAAUGGGAAUGAAGGCACUAGGCUGAAGAAAAUAAUAUUUAUCGACAGUACCUGGAAUCAAACUAACAAAAUAAUAACUGAUGAACGACUUCAAGGGUUGCUGCAAAUUGAGUUGAAGACAAGGAAAACUUGCUUUUGGCGUCAUCAGAAGGGGAAGCCAGAUACAUACCUUUCCACAAUAGAAGCAAUUUAUUAUUUCCUUGUAGACUAUCAUCAGGAGAUUUUGAAAGAGAACUACAAAGGACAAUAUGAUAAUCUGCUUUUUUUCUUUUCAUUUAUGUACACAUUGAUUAAAAAUGCCAAGUGUUGUGCAGGAAAAGAGUAAGAUGUCUAUCUAUAGGUAAGUUACAUUAUAUUUAAUUUCUUUUAUGAUUAUAAACUGCACAAAUGUAAUCUGGAAAUAGACUGUACUCUUAAUAAUGGUUAAGCAUUUGUCCGAAAGUAAGCUACAGAUUUUAUGUCCUUUACACUUGAGGUUGUAGAACUACUCUGAUGAGCAGUCUGAUAAGAAUUACUCCUUUGAAACCAGUCAGGCUUUGCUAAGUGUUGUGUCAUCACAGUGAGAUUAUUUCCUGAGGUGGGGAUAGGAGGACUUGGCCCCUCUUGCCAUAAGGAGUCAUGUCUCUUAACUGUGAAAAGCAAUUAGCAUGGUAGCUUUUUAUUGUUAUUAAUACUUUAUUUCAGGUAUUUUCAUUGUGGUUUAUGCAGUAAAACUGAUUUCACUUUCAUGACAUGAAAAGCUGAGUGAAAUUGUUAGGAUAGUAUUUAACUGGGGGUGUGCCAAUACAAAAUGAAAAACCACAUUAAGUGACUAGAAUAUAAAUUAUGUAUUUUUGAGACUAACUCUGGAAAAUUGUCCUAGUAAUAGAAAAGAAUGCUCUCUUUAAACAUUAUAUAGUGUAUGAUUUCUGUAGUACCAUUCACAUACUUUCUGGAGAAUUUUUUCGUUACUAUCAUUUUGUGCAACAUUAACUUAAAUGUCACAGUGGCAUAUCAUGAACAGUAAAAUUUUACAGAUGCCACA